AUGAACGGGGAUGAAGAAGGAGGAAAGCCGGGGAAGGGAAAAGUAGGGAUUGAGGGAUAUGAAGAUGAAGAUGAUGAUGAGUACGAUGUGGAUUUGGAAGAAGGUCAAGAAAUUGCAGGAAGGAUUUACUCGGCUCCUACUACCGGUCAAGUACCGCCAGGAAGAAUAUCAACAAACACUUUAAAUUUCCUCAAGAAUCUGCAAAUACCAGAAAGAAAUGAUAGAGAGUGGUUCCGAGCCCAUGAACCUAGUUUCCGACAAGCUGAAAAGGAAUGGCAAGCUUUUGUCGGAAAGAUACAGGGAAAGUUUCAGAAUGCCGACGGUGAAGUUCCUAUCUUACCACCGAAAGAUAUCAUCCACCGAAUAUAUAGAGAUGUCAGAUUUUCAUCCGAUAAAACACCUUACAAGAAAUCUUUCUCACUCACCACUUCCCGUGGUGGUAGAAAAGGAGUUUGGGCAAAAUAUCAUCUUUCAAUAUCACCUAACGAUCGAUCCAUCUUAGCGGCUGGUAUCUGGUGUCCUGACAAGAAUGAAAUAAUGACAUUUCGAUCAAAUGUUGAAAGACGUUCAGAAGAAUUCAGGAAUGUAAUUGGUGAUCCUACUUUUGUGAAAUUCUUUGGUGAACCUAAAGUUGGUAAAGAUGGAGAAAGGAGGAAUGUUUUUGGACAUGAAGAUAUGUUAAAGGUAAAACCGAAAGGUUAUGAAAAAGAUCAUAAAGAUAUUGAUUUGUUGAAAUUGAGAAGUGUGGCUGUUGUACAUAAAUUUACGGAUGAACAAGUUUUAGCGGAUGAUUUUGGUGAUGAAGUUGAGAGGGUGGUAAGUGUUAUGGAACCUUUUGUACACAAGUGA